GAUUGUGCAUCUCUAAUGCGGCUCCUACACGGCGAAUUUCGAAUCAGUUGUCAGGCCAUUUGUUGUUGUUUUGGUAUUGUAUUUUCGACUCGAAUAUUUGGUUUGCACUUAAAAAAUGUUGAACGUGUCGAAAUAUUCAAACAGAAGUCAUACAAUUGCAAUGCGAAUUGCACAGCUGAUAAUUGCAACGUGUAUGGGCCACGCAGAGCAAAACAAAAAUUAAGGAAAAUAGGAAAAGAGAAAAGCACAAAAUAUAUGUGCAUAUAACACAAAACACACACACAGCAGGCGAGAUCAAAAACUAACGGGUCAAUUGCGAAAGGGAAGGCAAGGCAAGCUUGUUGUAGAUAAUGUCGAGCGAUGAACUGCUGCAAUGGCGCACCAAGUAUUCGAGUUCGCGUUAUCAACGCCACGAGAGCCGAGAGCAGCGUACGCCAUUAAAUGCCAGUUCGCUGCAUUGGCAGCGUCAACAAUUUGGCUGCGACGUCGAUGAGAAGCUGCGACGCCGACUGCAGGCAUCGCCGGCGUAUAUCGAUCGCCUGGAGCAGGAGACGGUCCUUACCGGUCACGAGGGAUGUGUCAAUUGUCUGGAGUGGUCCAGUGAUGGACUGUUGUUGGCCUCCGGUUCCGAUGAUUACAAAGUCAUGAUCUGGGAUCCAUUUCGGAAGCGACGCUUGCAAACGAUACACACAAAACAUUUGGGCAACAUAUUCUCGGUGAAAUUUCUGCCGCGGCAUAACAAUAACAUUGUGGCCACCUGUGGAGCGGAUAAAUUCAUCUAUGUGUACGAUAUUAAUCAUGGCAACGAAACGUUAUUCAGCUGCAAUUGUCAUACGAUGCGUGCCAAGCGUUUGGCCACCGCACCGGACUCACCGCACAUCUUUUGGUCCGCCGGCGAGGAUGGCAGCGUACUCCAAUUGGAUAUGCGUGAGCCGCAUCAUUGUCGCAGCAGUGCCGACGAUCCGAUAGCAGGCAAUCGUAUCCUCAGUCUCUGCAGCCAAGUGGAGCCGACGACGGAGUGCAAGUGCCUGGCGAUUAAUCCCAGACGCACCGAGUAUCUGGCCGUGGGUGCCAAUGAUCCCUAUGCGCGUGUCUUUGAUCGCCGCAUGCUGCCCGACGAAGCAAGUGCCUGUGUCUCCUACUUUGCCCCUGGACAGCUGGUGAAGAACCUAAGUCCUUCAAUUGUGCACGAAUCUCGCACGGUUACGUAUCUCACCUUUAACCACUACAAUGAAACGGAACUGCUGGUCAAUAUGGGCUGUGAACACAUCUAUCGCUAUGAUCUGCACAAUGCAACGCCACCGAAAUUCUAUGAGCUACCCGAAUAUACAGCAACUUCCGCUGUCACAGAUGUUGAGACGGAGCCCGAGGAGCUGGCAGUGAAUCCUGCUGCUAAGCCCGCAGUUACUACCGUCAAAAAGGAGCAAAAACGUCGAGCAUUGCCCUCAAGCAUUGAGCAGCACAAGAAACUGGGCAAUGAGCAUCUGGAAAAUGGAAAAUUACUCGCAGCCGUUGAUGAAUAUUCGGCUGCCUUGGCGAGUUAUCCCAAGGGCGAGGUGCUUUAUUUGAAUCGUGCCACGGCGUUGAUGCGUCGCGGCUGGUUUGGUGAUAUCUAUGCGGCGCUGAGGGAUUGCCAUGAGGCACUGCGUCUGGAUCCCAGCUAUGUGAAGGCGCAUUUUCGUUUGGCGCGUGCGCUGCUCGAGCUGCAUCGACCGCAGGAGGCGGACAAGUGUCUGCAGGAGUUGAUUGAACGGUUUCCGAGCUUUGCCAACAAUCAUGGUGUGCUCAUGCUGCACAAGGAUAUACGUGAGAAUCGGCGACAGCAGCAGCAGGAACAGGAACAGACACAGGAGUCGAUAUUGGGUGCAGGUUCGGCUCAAUUGGUAACCGAGAUGUCCUUUGAGAACGGUUACCCAACACAUUUGCGUUUGACGGAUGAAGAGUUUGCGCUGCGUCGUGCGGCCAAGGAUUACAAGCAACGCUAUGUGGGACAUUGCAACAUUACAACGGACAUCAAGGAGGCCAACUAUUUGGGUCUAAACGGUGAAUUCAUUGUCGCCGGCUCUGAUGAUGGCAACUUUUACAUUUGGGAUGGCAAAACGGCCAAAAUUCGUGCCGUCUAUCGGGCUGACAGCGCCAUUGUCAACUGUGUGCAGCCGCAUCCAAGUAUCUCUAUGUUGGCUACUAGUGGCAUCGAUCAUGACAUCAAAAUUUGGUCACCAUGCGCUCCAAGCGCCACGGAGCGACCGAAUCUCGUUGCGGAUGUGGCACGCUAUGUGGAAGUCAAUCAGGAAAAGAUGCGCACCGAUCCCUUCGAGCUCAAUACGCGCAAUGCUUAUUGUUUUAAUAACUAAGUCUAAACAAACACACACACACACACAAACACUUAUUUAGUAUAAAAUAUCUAUAUAAUAUAUAUAUCAAAUAUAUAUAAACUCUAACAGUUUUUAAAUUGAAAACGAAAUUGGGACACGCCUUCAAUCAUUUCCUGCUAACUAAUCUGGCGCUCUAAAUAAUUAUAAAUUAGCGUAAUUUGUAAUUUUGUUAAACUAUCAAAAGUAACAAUCAUUAUUUCAUAAAACACAUAAAAUGUUAUUCACAAAAUCAAUGGAAAUCAA